AUGGUGCUGCCGCCGGCGUGCCGCGCGCUCCUGGCCACGGCCCUGGGCCUCGCCGGCCGCCAUCGGCUUCCCCGUCACCACGGUAACCGCCGGCCCGCUCCUCCCCCCGCCCCGCCGCGGGUUCCAGCGGGCCGGGCCGCCCUGAGCCCCGCUCCUCUCCUCUCCUCUCCUCUCUUCUCUUCUCUUCUAGCUCCGUUGGCGGCGCGGCUCUGCUCGGGCGCAGGGGGCGAGGUGGGGGCCGCGGGGAGCAGCGAGGCCAGCGGCGUGCUGCGGCAUCUGCUGCUGAAGCUGCGCGCCACCGGGCCGGUGACGGUGGCAGAGUACAUGCGGGAAGCGCUCACCAACCCCGGGCAGGGCUACUACACGCGGCGGGGCGGCGUCGGAGAGGACUUCAUCACCUCGCCGGAGAUCAGCCAGAUAUUUGGAGAGUUAAUAGGAAUAUGGUACGUUAGUGAGUGGAUGGCCACAGGCAAACAGAAUGCAUUCCAGCUGGUGGAACUGGGCCCAGGGACGGGCACCCUCACAGGCGAUAUAUUACGGGUCUUCAACCAGCUUGCCUCUUUACUUAGUAAAUGUGAUGUCUCUGUUCAUCUGGUAGAAGUGAGUCCCAAACUCAGCACGAUCCAAGCACAGAUGCUGACAGGAGGAAAGGUGCAGUCAAACCCUGAGAACAUAUCUGCUUAUAUGAAAGGCAUUAGCAAGACUGGAAUUCCCAUUUACUGGUACAGAGACAUUCAAGAUGUACCACAAGGUUACAGCUUUUACUUAGCGCACGAGUUUCUGGAUGCCCUGCCAAUACAUAAGUUUCAGAGAACAGAGAAAGGCUGGCGUGAAGUGUUGGUUGAUAUAGACCCAGAAGUCCCUGACCAGCUGCGGUUUGUCCUGUCGCCAUCCAGGACCCCUGCAACAGAAAACUUUAUUCAGCCUGAAGAAACACGAGAUCAUGUGGAAGUAUGUCCUGAGGCUGGUGUCCUCAUCCAGAGGCUUGCCUGUCGUAUAGAAAAGGAUGGUGGGGCUGCACUCAUUGCUGAUUAUGGUCACGAUGGAACCAAAACUGACACUUUCCGGGGUUUCCGGAAUCACAAACUUCAUGAUGUACUGAAAGCCCCAGGUACAGCAGACCUGACAGCAGAUGUUGAUUUCAGCUACCUUCGAAAGAUGGCAGAGGGAAGAACAGCAACGUUGGGCCCCGUAAAACAACGGGAGUUCUUAAAAAACAUGGGUAUUGACCUCCGAUUGCAGGUGCUCUUGCAGAAUUCACGUGACUCAGCGACUCAUGAGCAAUUACUCCACAGCUUUGAUAUGUUGAUGAACCCUAAGAAAAUGGGAGACUGUUUUCAUUUUUUUGCCUUACUGCCUCAUCACAGACUUGUACGUCCUAUCAAGAAAGAUAAUCCACAGUCCAAGUCUCCCCUACCACCUGUUGCUGGAUUUGGUGAACUCUCACUGAAGUAAGUUCAGUCACAAAUAAUGUCAAUUACUUACCAAAAUGUGUAACAGUGGUAGCUUUCAGCAGCAACCUAUUAAACAAAACUUUUUAAAAAGUUAAAGCACUCAAGUCCUGUGCAUUUCAUAUUUUCAUGUACUAAAUGUUUUGCAAUAGUAAGCAGUAAGGUAAGAACUAAGCAGUCCGAUUUAUCUUUAAACUGACGGCACGUGAAAUGUCACACUUCUUCCAGGCAAUUUUCCUCACACCAACCUUUCUCAUACCAACCUACAUACCAGAGCCUAGACACAUUUUGGAAGAGAGUGCUUUCAGAGUAAAACUAGUGGUUUAAAUUGGUCAGGCAGUUGCACAUGUGUAGAAAUCGAGAACCGAGUAUACAGAAACCAGUGUACACAGAGCUGAGAAUGAACAGUGUUCCAGGGGUCUUACUACAAAGCUAAGAGGAAUGCUGUCUAGUGGAAUCAAGUUAAAACUCGUCAGUGACAAACAUGAUCUGAGAGACUUCAACUGUACUCAGCUGAGGUACUUGCUUAAAACAACAUGCCUUGACAUCCUUGAAGAUGUUUUUAUGAAGAGAACAGUAAUAGGAAGGAUGUAAAGAAGUUAUUUAUCAGAAAUCAACUGCUAACAGAAUUCCCACAACAGAGUAUAUCUGAUGCCAGACAAAUCCACAAACAAGGAAAUAUGAAGAAACGUUUACUUCUAAGAAAAGUUUACAGGAGAGAGAGUUCACAUAAAUAAAAGGAACAAGUCUGAUAGGGAAAUAAAUUUUAUUUUCAAGCUUAUCAGAGGAUAUUUACAAACAAUUGGAUGUAUAAAAAUAUAAAAGUACUUGACAGUGUCCAUUUCAGGCUAUAAAAUUUUACAUGAGCUUUUUUCUAGCAUCAUCAUAGCAAUAUUGAAUGCAACUUAAUUCACCUAGGGGAAAGGAUAUUAAACACUAUAAUCUACUGCUGUCAAAGUUUGCAGUAAAGGUAGAAAAAAGGGAAUACAGAAAUUCAGCUAUUUUUGCUACUCAAUGAGAAAAGUUUACUUAGAAUGCGUGUCUGAUUUUUUUGGUUCCUCAGCUACCAGCUUGUAUUGCCUGGCCCCAUAAGUCUGCAUAUGUGCAUGUAUUAUCAGGCAAUCCACUCCAAAAGCUAACAGCAUUCCUUUUAAUACAAGUUAAGAAUAAAUAGCUAAUAUUUUUUUUUUCCAGCACAAAGCAGACUUCAUGGGGCGAGACAUCAGCCAGGCCUUAUUUCUUACUGUAGCCCUUUCCUCUCUCAUGUUCUGCUUUUCAAGCAACUGAGCUGGCUUCUUUUCUCCCUUUAAAAAAAAAAAAAAAGACA